CGUCCGGCCCGUGGGGCGAGGGAGACGCGGCCGUGGGGAGGUCUCCCGUGGGCCGCCCGACCUGCUUCGCUUGCCCUUCAGCCGGGAAGGGCGUGUGUUGGGAGGUAAAGGUGGACGGUGUAGACAUGGGAACCGAGGGCGGGCCUUCCUAGCCAAAGAGCAGGGCAUGGCAGAAGGUGAGGAAGCUGGCGACGACGCCCAAGUCCCACCUGUCCGCCUCUGGGUACGGCGGAUGGGCGUCUACUGCGAUGAGAACCAAGCAACAUGGCUGGUGGCACCAGAAGAGGAAGGAGGGACGCUAAAAGCCCGGAUCAGAAGAAUUCCAGUCCCCCUGGGUGAAGCCGUGCGCCCCAGCCGCCUUCCUGCUUCUCAGCUGCCCCAUAUGUGGCAGCUCUCAGAGGGCCCCCAGUACCGGGACAGUAACUCUCGUAUCUGGGACAUUGAACACCACUUAACGGUCAUGGGAGUGGAAGAGCUGCUGUUGAAACUCCUGACCAGCAAUUAAACCUGGAGCUGCAACGCCAGGACGGUGGUCCCGUUUGGGUUUUUUUUUAUGUGUUAACUCCUAGCACUCAACAUGCCGCUGCCCCCGAGGCAGAGCACGGCGUGCGAUUCUCUUAACCACCCACAGCAGCAUCGCCCAAGAG